AUGAGUUUAGAGUCAUUUUGGAAACGUGUCUGGAAGUCACAAAAGUCUUCAACUUGUUCUUCACCUAGUUCAAGGGAUCCUCCAAUAGAAGAACAUGUGUCUCCUAAUGAUGAUGAGGUUCCUAUUGCUGCAACAAUUCCACCACCUGAGAACACAGGUCCAAGUGUUCCAAAUACUACUGUUGACUCCGAUGAUACUCGCAUUUAUGAUGUUGAUCUUCUUCCACAUGACCCUGGAAAAAGAAUUCCAAUUAUGGAGUAUCCUCCUAAUGAUCGAGAUGCCGUAAGGAGAGGCUAUAUUACAAAGAAACGUUGUGAUUCACGCACACAUAAUUUUCCUCAAAGAAAAGUUGGAGGUAUGCGCUGUUUUAAUGUUACUUGGUUUGAUAAAUAUGAGUGGCUUGAAUAUAGUGUUGAGAAAGAUGCGGCUUUUUGUUUUGUGUGCUAUUUGUUCACUGAUAAAGUUGAUUAUUCUUUGGCUGUUAAUGAUUCCUUUAUUAAAGGGGGAUUUAGAGGAUGGAAUAAGACUGGUAGAUUUGAUGUUCAUGUGGGUGGUAUUGGUAGUUUCCAUAAUCAGGCUAAUGAGAAAUAUAGUAUGUUUAUCAACCCAAAGACAUCAGUUGCUGAAUCUCUUUGCACUUAUUCUAAGGAAGCUAAACUACAAUACAAAUCUCGCUUGACUUAUUCAUUGAAAUGUAUUAGAUUUCUUUUAAAUCAAGGUUUAGCUUGUCGUGGGCAUAAUGAAAGUGAAGAAUCUUGGAAUAGGGGUAAUUUUCUUGCACUCUUAACAUGGUUUUCAGAAAAUAAUAGUGAGGUAGCAAAGGUUGUUCUAGGUAAUGCCCCGGGAAAUAAUCGAAUGACUAGUCCUUCAAUUCAAAAAGAACUUAUUAAUUGUUGUGCCAAAGAAACCAAUAGACUUCUUAUUGAUGAUAUUGGGGAUGACUAUUUUGGAAUAAUGGCUGAUGAAUCAAGUGAUGUAUCUCAAAAGGAACAAAUGGCCCUUUGCUUGCGUUAUGUCAAUAAUAAAGGGAAGAUAAAUGAGAGGUUUCUUGGAAUUGUACAUGUUAAGGAUACUACUGUUUUGUCACUAAAGAGUGCAAUUGAGUCUUUGCUUAUGGAAUAUUCAUUGAGUUUGUCUAGAGUUCGUGGACAAGGUUAUGACGGUGCUAGUAAUAUGAGGGGGGAGAUAAAUGGUCUCAAGACUUUGAUCAUGAAUGAAACAGAACAAGCCUAUUAUAUUCAUUGUUUUGCUCACCAACUUCAAUUAACCCUUGUUGCUGUUGCUAAGGAUAAUGAUGAUUGUAUUUGGUUGUUUGAUCAACUUGCUAUUUUGUUGAAUAUUAUUGGUGUUUCUUGUAAGCGAAGGGAAAUGAUAAGAGAAAUACAAUCUCAACAUAUUCUACAAGCAUUAGAACUAGGAGAAAUUGAAAGUGGGCAAGGUUUAAACCAAGAACAUGGCUUAGGUAGGCCUGGUGAUACUAAGUGGGGAUCACAUUACAAAACUGUUUCAAAUGUUACCGCAUUGUAUGCUACUAUUGUUAAAGUUCUUGAGAAGAUUGGAUCAAAUAAGAUUUAUAAGGAUGAUCGCGUGAAGGCUAUCACUGUCAUGUCUACAUUUGAAUCAUUUGAAUUUGUAUUUAUGAUACAUUUGAUGUCCGAAAUAUUUGGGAUUACUGAUAAAUUGUGUCAAGAUCUGCAAAAGGGGGACCAAGAUAUUGUUAAUGCCAUGACAUAUGUUAAAUUGACUAAGGAGGGAUUACAACAAAUGAGGGACCAUGGUGGGAAGACUUUUUACAUCUUGUGGUUUGUUUUUGUGUUAAACAUGAUGUAG